CGAAGCACCCAUCCUUUGUGAGCAAGCCACAAGGAGAAGAAGCAGCUCCCAACUCCUCUCCUCCAUUUUAAACUCACAAAUUUGCUACUAAAACAUAUGAAAAAGCUUGAAUUUACGACUACACAGAGCUUAACUACCCCCCCACUGUUCGCCACUGCUGCUGCUUCUGCUGUCGGCCUAUUUAUCCCGUGGUGGACCAGAGGAGCAGAGAGCGCGGGGGAGAGGCAGGCGGACUCGUGGCCAUGUCCCAGCAUCGGAGUGCGUGUUUGGGGCUUGUGGUGCUUCUCGUUUUGGGUGUGUUGGUGGAGGAUGGGAAGAGCUGCAGCUGCCAGCCCGCACACCCACAACAACUAUUCUGCAGCGCUGAGAUUGUGAUAAGGGCAAAGAUCUCCGGAGAGAAGAUAGUGUCGCCUAGCAACAGCUCCUCUCCGUACAUGAAGAUGAUCCAGUACGAAAUCAAGAUGAUAAAGAUGUUCAAAGGGUUUCAUAAGGCCAAAGACAUCCAGUACGUGUACACACCAGUCUUCUCCUCACUGUGUGGAGUCAAACUGGACUCUAACAACAAGGCCGGAUACCUGCUCUCUGGAAGCAUGUGGAGUGAUGGAAGGAUUUCAAUUGGUCAGUGUGACCUGGUGGAGUCCUGGGACAACCUGUCUCUGUCCCAGAAGAAGAACCUGAACUACAGAUACCAGAUGGGCUGCGAGUGCAGAAUCAACACGUGUUACAGUGUGCCAUGUGCUUCCACUGGGGACCACGAGUGCCUGUGGACAGACUGGCUGCUGGACAAUAGUCUGAACGGGGAGCAGGCGCGGCAGUAUGCCUGUAUCCGCCGCUCUGACUCCAGCUGCAGCUGGUACAGAGGAGGACCGCCCCCCGAGAAGGACUUCCAGGACUUCACUGACCCAUGAGACCCGAGAGAAGAGCUUGAGCUGCUCCACUUUCAGCUGUACCUCCUGUGGUUUGUGUUUGUGACCGGACCAGAGCUCUGAGUGCACCAUACUGUAGAAACUGCAGCAUUUGCCUUUAAAAGUAAAAGAGCUCAGCAAUACUGCCAUAACUGUUGUUACAGUUCAACAUGAUGUUUCCUAUAGGUCUGCAGUGCUCCCUAAACUGUCUCUGUUCAUAUGUGUGGUAUUUUAUAGAAAGUGUCAAACUUCAAUGGUCAAACUACAGAACUGUCUUUGGAAACAUUGUAAAACUGGUAAAUGUUUAUCCCCAAAUUAGAUCUACUGGGAGACUUUUCAUUGUACAUAUUGUAUCUUGUGAAAAUUAACAUUUAAAACGAUUUAUACUAACUCAUUUGUCCAAGUAUUUUGCCAGUUGCAUCCCAGUGUGAGUGGGUGUAGUGUGUAUUUUCUAUGCUUAAAUAUUUGCUUGAACAAGAUGGCAUCAGCUCUUUAAAAAUCUCAGUGUGUCUUUAGGGUCCUGGUGCACCUACAUAUACUUUACUCUCCUGUGUUUUCAUGAGCCAAUUUCACAUUUUCAAGAAGUAUUUAUCCAUGCGGGCCAACCAGGAGAAGCAGUUGGAAACACAUGUAAUAUGACUUAUCUUCACAACUGUAUGUGGCAGAUGCUAAUUAUCCAUUCAAGGUUAAACAUAACCUUCAGCCAACAGAGAACACUGUCAAGUAUUAAAAUGUAAUUACAAUUUAUACAUCCUGACCAAAUGCACAAACACAAAACUUUAAUUUCUGUGUCACCAGAGUCUAAUUUAAGUGAAAGCUAAAUGUGUCAGAAUAAGUGAUUUAAAGUGAUUCAUGAAAAACCUCUUAACACAAGUGUCAAGGUAUGUGUAAUAAUAUGGUUACAGAAAUCACUGUACAAUAUACAAGUUGAUAAUUGUGUAUUAUGGCUGUAAAGCUUGUGUGGAAAUGUAUCCGCAGCUUCAUGUUCAUGUUUUAUAUUGUAUUUAUGUUCUUUUCUGUCUGCAUUUUUUAUUUCAUUGUACCAAAAAUGUUGUAUAUAAAAUGUGUUGAUGG